UUUUCUGAAAACGCCGACGUUUCUCGUUUUUCGGGCCAACUCAUCGGUCUUUUGACUCAGAAUAUGUUUGUUUUUAGCUCAUAAAGAUAUGAGUGGUAAUUCCUUUGGUGUAUGAAAAGUAACUUUCAGAAUUGUUAAAACAUGGAGGUACAUUAUCUCGUUUUCCUUUUGAGUAUCUUCUGGCAUGGUUGCCAAGGUAUAAUGUGGAGUUUGGCACCAAACACCCAAAAGUGUUUAAAGGAAGAAUUACACGCUAAUGUGCUUGUUGCUGGUGAAUAUGAAGUGGGAGAGGCUUCCGGACAGCGAGUAGAUUACAUAGUUAGGGAUUCAAAAGGACACAUACUGUCACAGAAGGACUCAAUAGCGAAAGGAAAGUUCACAUUUGUCACUGAAACAUAUGACACAUUUGAAGUUUGUUUUAUAUCAAAAGUGCCCCCAGAGCGCAGGGGUGUCAGUCAAGAAGUUUUCUUAAACAUUAAAGUUGGAUUUGAGGCUAAAAAUUAUGAGGGUAACACUUGGAUUGGUGAGGCGGCCAAGCUGAAGCCAAUGGAGUUGGAGUUGAAGAGAUUGGAAGAUCUCUCAGAAGCUAUUGUUCAAGACUUUACUCUCAUGAGGAAGAGAGAGGAGGAGAUGCGAGAUACCAACGAAUCCACAAACAACCGAGUUCUAUUCUUCAGUAUAUUCUCUAUGGUAUGCCUGUUGGGGUUGGCCACUUGGCAAGUUCUAUAUCUGCGUCGCUACUUCAAAGCCAAGAAGCUAAUUGAAUAACCUUAUUAAUAAAGCUGGUGAAGCGGCACAGUUCCUCCAACUUUUUGUAUCCAAAUAUAUUUUUUUUUGUUUCAAAAUGUGGAGCAGUGCAUAUACUGCGUUGAACAAAGGUUCCACAGAUAAUAAUGAUCUUUUUUAAAAUUAAUUUCUACCAAUUUAUGAUUCAACGUUAUAGAGAUAAAUUGAUGAUAUUUAAAUGAAAUUUUAAGGAACUGCAAAAACAUUUAAC